AUGAGCCGCUUUUUGCAACGAAUAAGUGCAAUUCGUUCUAUAUCACUCAUAAAACCCAAUGCUUCGAGCAUAGUCCCGGCCCAAGUGGCUCAAAAUUUGGAUGCAGAACCUGUAUUCGGAUCUGAAAAUGAGAGUUUAGAGUCUAGGUUCAAAACUCUGGGAACUCCGGCAACUCUGUGCUCUGCCAGCUUACCACCUUCAAUACCUCUUUUCGUGCGUCGUGGCUGUCUUGUAUCGCUGCAUAACACCCAGAGUUUGCACAUAGAACAUAGGUGGGUCGAUCUCGUGUGGUCGCUGAUAAAAUAUGGUUCAUGGCGUCCUGCUCUAUUCCAUAAACUGAUCUCGCCAACGCCGUUUAACGCUCUAGUGGCUCCAAACGUCAGCCAUAGCCGAUUAACCUCUUGGUUUGGGUUUUCUUCACAACCUUUCAGAACGCUGUGUCUGGUAACACUGGACGGAACUCAGGACUGGUGUGUUUUUGGCAAAAACGGCUUGAUUGCUUACGAAGGUAACACAUCUUUGGAGAUAAAGACUUCAGGAAUAUUAUCAACGCGCUCGCUGGCUCUUCCGGGAGACUACCGAGUGUUACAAGGCCGCGGAAACGCUUUGGUGAGCGGUGCAGGCUCCGUAUACACCAUCCAGCUAUCAGACGAUUCAGAUGAACUGAUUUUGAAAAGCGAGCACUUACUGGCGAUCAGCAGUAAAAACGUUCUGGACCUUAAAAAAUCCGUUUCUGAAUACCGUCUCGGAGAAGCUUCGCGUACUCCCGAACUGGCUCAGAGUGUCGUCGAUAUGGCUUCUGCGAUUGGCUUGGAAAAAACUCCAGAAUCAAAACCCGAACCUUUCAGUGUUCGAAAACUAGGACAUUUGACGUCCACGGCUUUGGUCUCCUCGUGGAACUGGAUCAAACGAGUAUACACGCUCUGGGCCAAUGGUCGCACCAAGUACCUGAAAAUUCGUGGUCCUCGUACACUACUUGUGCAAAGCUCUCAUAAUGCCUUUAUGCCAGCAACCCAGCUGUCACCCAAGCAAAAAACAGUUCACCGCGAUCAAAGACAAACGGAACUCCAGCUUCAAGAAACCUCUACAACGCCAUCCACCAACACAAAGGAUUAUUUAAGCUACGUUACCGUCAGCCCAACUGGUCAAGUUGAAUUUGAAAGCACUCGCAAUUUCGAUUCCAGAGUUGCCGAAAUCGAAAGCUUGAAAAGGAAUUGA